CACCUCAGCCAGUGUCAUCAGCCAGCCAUUGAAGAGCAGUCCUCACAGACGUCCUGCAGACCAGUCACACAGGAGUGCCAAGAAGGCGGAUUUCACUUAGAAGGAAGAAAAGUCUCUAACGGCAUUGAACCGUCGGCUCAGAGUCAUCAGUGUUGAGUUUGGGUCUAGAACCCAAAUCACUGCUGCGUCCUCCCGAUGGCUGCUCCGACCUGCACCCGGUUCACCGACGAGCACCAGCUGUACGAAGAGCUUGGGAAGGGGGCCUUCUCAGUGGUCAGGCGCUGCAUGAAGAUCUCCAGCGGGCAGGAGUACGCCGCAAAGAUCAUCAACACCAAGAAGCUGUCUGCCAGGGGUACGUAUCGCUGUGACGCAUGAGGGGGAGCCAGCCGCUAUCCUGCAGCCAGCGCUGUCUA